AUGGUCUCCCUCCUCGUCCUGACGCUCGCUGCGGGGUUAUCAGCUCAUGCCAAAGGAGAUCCCUGUGCCGAAAUAUCAGGGAAGAAAUGGGUGUCCCCAAGAGAAGUGCGCGCAUGUUUUACGUCUUUCCCUGUCGAACCGCUCGUCAAGGCAAACAUUAUUGAAGUGCUGAACAAGACUCUCGCGUUCCACACGUCUGUGAACUAUCAGAUCCAAGCACCUGAGCCGUUCGCCCGCGACGUCCAUGAAGAUCUCCACACAGACUUGGCUAGAAUUAACAACCAGAACUAUUCAUCAGACUUUGAGCUCCAUGUUGACCUCUUCCGUACCUUCAAACGAGUCAAUGACGGACACUGCGCCUAUAUCAAUUACUGCUAUGACGCGUCGUAUAUAACGUACCUGCCAACGCCCUUGGUGUUGCUGACUAACAUUGAUGGGUCUCAGAGCGUCCACAUAGCUCCAGAAGCUUUCAAUGUCUCCUCCACCGAAUUCGGCAGCGAAGUCGAGUUCUGGCAACAGGCCUUGCCCAGGCAGCUCAAGGGAAAGCUGUCUUCCUUGUCUGGUGCCCGAGUUCUGCUCAUCGACGGGAACGACCCAUUCUCUGCUGUCAACGCCAAUGCACUGACUACCGGGAGUUAUCAGUCAUUCGGUACCCGACAGAACUCAUUCUUCUCGAGCUAUUCCCGCACUACUGCAGGCUGGAACUAUACGAUGGGCAACUUUGCUCAAAGGACGUGGCCAGAUGCCGACAAUGUCACACUCACUUUGCAGCUGGAGAACUCUACAGAAGCGCAAACCAUCUUGCUGCCAUACAGAUCCCGGAUCUCGGCAUCGACAAACCAUUUCACGAACUCAAGCACAUACCGCGGGCGCAAUUGCGUAGCCGUCAAACGGACGAACGGAUACGACGAAUACGCAGAGGAUGAAGCCGACUUCGUUUCCGACGAGCCCAGCCCAAUCGCGCGCGCUCAGCAACAACCCUUGCUAGAUCGCGUAGAUGCAAGGAAACAUCACCUCGAUGUUCUGCUGGAUAGCAUGCCGUUGUCUGACGUCGCCUUGCCGACAGGGCUUAGGCCGCCUUUGGCUGCGGUCAACGGCAGCAGCGGCGUUUCACAAUUCUACAUGAUGAAAGACAAUUCUACUGGGGUGCUCGUCUUAGGCAGCUUUUCGUCUUCUAGUUUUUCUGGCCUGCAGAAAAGCUUGCUUCGAGGCCUUCUAGAACUGAGAGGGGCCGGUGCUUCACGGCUGAUCGUAGAUGUGACGAACAACGGAGGUGGCUACAUUUGUAUUGCGCACUGGCUUCACCGAAUCAUCAUCGGACCCAAGCCCACGACAGAGCCACAAGCUGGCCUGGACUCGACCGCCAGAGCCGGCCCGCUGGCGCGUCGGAUUGUCAAGGAAAUCAAAAACGGUGCCGAUCCUCGGGAAAAGCUCUUGUAUAAUCCGGCGCAAUGGACUAACGGGACACAUCACCGCUUCAAGAAGCGGGCAAACUGGAUGUCAAAAGCGGAGCACCAUGUUAUCAACGGACAUGAGGAUAGCUUCAGUCAGAGGUUAGGCCAAGAAUGCCAGCCAUUUGAUGUUCCUCCACCUAACGAAGCCCUUUUCCAUUCCAAAGAUGUCGUGAUAGUCUCAAAUGGAAGAUGUGCUAGUUCCUGUUCCCUCUUCAGUAUCACGAUGUCUAAAUUAGAAGGCGUCAGGACCGUGGUUGUUGGUGGGAAACGCGAUGUACCUCAGCAGUACUGCGGCACUGUGGGAGGACAAUCCACCGACUUUUCUACUAUUGACACGGAGAUCAAGACCGCGAAGCUGAAGAACCAUCCCCUUGCUCCUCCGGAUUUCCUUACGAACAGUGUGCAAGGUAUUACUUGGAGGCUCGGCUUUGGCAUUGACGACCCGACUCAACCAGAAGAAUGGCAAGACCAUGCGGCGGACUUCAAUUUACCGCUCACAAAGGAGACUGUUAAUAACCCUGUUGCAAUAUGGAAGGAGGUCAUCCAUACUGCGUGGCCUGAACCCUCGUUCUUCGUCCAAGGACUCUAG